GGAAGUGAGCAAGAUAUAUGAGCUCACCUCGGACUUGUGCGACGGACAGGCGGCACAGCUUGACGAUUUGGACAUGAAUUAUGUGGAACAGGUGCUGUCGAAGAACUCCAUGUUCUUCAUGGAGGUGUUCCUACACUUUGCAGAUGUGUCAAAUCCCCUCAAGCCCUUCAAGAUGUGCCAUGCCUGGGCAUGGCGCGUUCUGGAAGAGUUCUUCAACCAGGGCGACACUGAAAAGGAGCUUGGCUUGCCUGUAGGAAUGCUGAAUGAUAGGGACAAGAUAAAUCGUCCUGGCUCUCAACAUGGCUUCAUCAACUUCAUGGUCGCCCCAUUUGUCUUGAACACAGUGAAAGUGUUCCCUAGCCUCCAUUCAGUCUACACUCAAAUGGGGGAAAACCUCGAGCAAUGGCGACACAUGUGGGUUGCUGAAGUGAAGCCAAGCGAGGAGGAGAUCGCAAAGAAAGAUGCUGAUGUGCAGAAGAUCAAAGACACGGCUUUGGAGCUUCGAAAGAGGACAAUGCCAUAG